AUGUUCUUCGUUUCUUGUCCAUCAGGCCCAGAGGUGAGCGCCCAGGAUCUGACUGAGGAUGAGGAGGCUGAGGCUGUGGAUGAAGAUGUCGUGGAUGAUGUGACGGCAGAGGACGAGGACGACGAGGCGGAAGUAGAAGAUGACGAGAAUGCGGAGCUGACGGAAGAAAAAGAUGAAGAAGAAGAAGCUUUGGUUGGAGAGGUGAAGGCUUCCCCCAACGCUGACACCACCAUCCUGUUUGUCAAAGGAGAAGACUUCCCUGCAAACAACAUCGUCAAGUUCCUGCUCGGCUUCACCAACAAGGGAUCCGAGAACUUCGUUGUGGAGUCUCUGGACGCCUCUUUCCGUUACCCACAGGAUUACCAGUUCUACAUCCAGAACUUCACCGCUCUCCAGCUCGGCAUUGUGGUUCCUGCCGGCAGACAGGCCACCUUUGAGUACUCCUUCAUCCCAGCAGAGCCAAUGGGAGGGCGGCCGUUCGGACUCGUCAUCAACCUCAACUAUAAGGACGGCAAUGGAAACAUUUUCCAGGAUGCCGUGUUCAACCAGACGGUCACCAUCACUGAGAGAGAGGAUGGACUCGAUGGAGAGACGAUCUUCUUGUACGUCUUCCUGUCAGGCCUCGGGCUGCUGGUCGUCGUGGGCCUUCACCAACUGAUUGAGUCCAGAAAGAGGAGGCGUCCAGCUCCAAAGGUGGAAAUGGGAACUUCGAGCCACAACGACGUCGACCUGAGCUGGAUCCCUCAGGAAACGCUCAACCAGAUCAACAAAGCGUCUCCCAGAAGAUCUCCUCGCAAAAGGAAUCAGAAGCGCUCGGUCGGCUCAGAUGAGUGACAGGCGCCUAACUUCACCUGCCCGUCUACACGGGAGGAGGAGGAGGAGGAGGUGGUGGUGGUGAAGGAGCGCUCUCUGCCCUCUCUGACGAACUUUAACCAGUGCCAAGCACAGCGUUGGCUGGCUCUACUUUCAGCUUAAAAACUGUUGAACACACACUCACACACACACACGGCCUGUUUAGUUUAACGAUUACAGUUUUCUGACGCCGUCACAGGGGAGAAGUGAAAACAGGCGUGUUGGGAUUAAAAGGCACGUACGGACGUUUUUCUCUAAAGGUUGUUGGUUUUCUUUAUGAUUAUAUUUGUUUGUUAAAGCCUUAGUGAGAUAACUGCUGAUCAUUGUGAGACAGUUUGAUGGUUUUUCUUUUUUUUUACCUCUCACUCUGGUGUAGGGCUGAAACCAAGAGAGGGUCGAUCAAAUAGUCGGCCGACAAAAUUCAUCAGCAACAGUUUUGUUAGUCAGACAGAUGGCCAUUAAUAGUUGGUUCUGACCUCUCAGAUGUGUCUCGUGUGACAGAGAACGGAGUUUCUUUGGCUUUAGAAAUAAUCUGAAGACUCGGGAUGGCGGGACUUGUGAUGGACAUUUUUCACUAUUUUCUACAUUUUAGAUGAAAUGAUUACAGUGUUUAGCAGCUUACUUGAUGAUGGAAAUAAUGGUUUAGGUGCAGCCCUACUCCGGUGUGUAACGGAGCCACGAUAACGGCAACAAGUACAGUUUUUGUUUUGUUUUUCAGUGUAGUUUUCUCAUUUUGUUUAUACUGCACACCUGUUGGGAUUUUUGUAGCGUGUCUGUUGUGAUCCAGUACCUCUGUCUCUGCUUUCCUGCUUUUCCUUUUGCUACCUUCUUACCGCACAGAUCCUGAGGAAAGUCAGAUAUCUGCUGUCACAGAUUCACACACUACUGACACUCCUUCUCUAAAGGACUCAGUGCCGUCCUCCUGUUCAUGUGUAGCAGAGUCGAGCCCUCUUAAGGACUUCUGUGAGCCCCUUUGUGCAGGUACACAAUCCUGCAGACGGCACGAGGGAACAUUUCAUAUUGUUCGUUGUUAAAUUUGGGUGUGACACAGGCAGCCAAAAUAAACUGUCAAAAACAAAAUUAAUGGUGCGUUAACAUAAACACUGCAGAAAUCACUGUUUUCUGUUCUCUGACGACGGUUUCAUUAGUUUAACUGCGAGGCUUCAGUUCACCUCUGAGCUUUGUCCAUUAAUGCUGUCUUCAAACACACAGGAGGUUCAGCGUUUCAGUCAUGUGCCGGACAUUGUUUUGCUCCUGGUUGGAGAUUCUGUGAUUGUUUUGAACAUUUGAACAUCACAUUUGCGACUAAGAAGAACAGCUGAAAUGAUGAGCUGAUUAGUUGAUUGACAUUAACGUAAUCGUUCAGGUGAAAGUUUUAAAAAGUUCCGAUGUCUUAAAUGUGAGUAUUUACUGGUCUGUGAUAGUAAAUUGAAAGUCUCUGGGAAACUGUGAUGGGAUUUUCUACCAUUUUGUAAAAGAUGAAUUAAGAAAACAUUUUGCAGAUUAAUCAAUGACCGUAAUAAUUAGGAAGUCCAUGAACAAGCUCAGCGGUUUGGUUUCUCCACCUGAAGAGCAGCAAGAAUUUUAUUUCAAACCCUCGACGUGUGCCUGUUUUCUACUUUUCUGUUUGUACAUUUGUUUACUUCUGGCUUCUCUCCUCAAGCAGAUUUUUUUUUCAAAAAACUAUUCACCAAAUUAUGAUAUUUUUGUUUUCUUUGGAUUGUAAAAAUGUUGAACUGGCUGAAGCACUGGUGUAAAUACUGGCUGAUGGAUGAUGACCUGAGGGCAGAAUUAUCGAGCUAAUUUAUUUGAGCGACGGAGAUGGAGGGUUGGAGGUUGUGCACUGUUUAUUUUACCACUAGGGGGCGACACUGACUCCCUCUGCAGGACUCUGGCUAUAGUUCCUGUACUGCAGAGUGGUGUCAUUUAAAGCUUUGUGGUUCUGAGCGUAACUUAGCUCAGUGUUUAAACCGUUGAAAUUUACAGAAGGAGACGCGUGCUCCAAACAUUAACAAGCUUGUUGCUACUCGUACGUCCACACUGAACUGAUUUUUGGGUUGUUUUUUUUUUUCUAAGAUGAUGGGGCUGUCAUUCAGAGAUAAAAGCUUAUACUUUUAUUUGCUUUUAAAAUGUGCAGGAAAUAAACUUUGAUUUGCUAUAG